UAUUAUUCCAGUGAGCCAGUUCUCCAGAGACAGCACUGCUCCUCUUUGGAAACUUCUCAGAGAUGGAACGGCCCUUGAGUCAACUUCAUGUCUCAGGGACACUCUUACUGCUGCUGGUGUCGAGCCUACUCGUAUGGGAGAAAGCUGCAUCAGUUCCCGAGUGUUACACAAAAGUGGGGGGCUGCUGGGACCCGCUUGUGGAAACCUUUAACAGUGCCAUCAAACGAGCAGAAACCAUCCGGGAUGUGGCUCAACAAAUGCAUCAAGAGUUUUUCCAUAAUGAAUUCUUUUCCAGUACAUUUAAAUAUCUGCUUGAACUAAUGACGAGGAGGCAUCCAACUGUUGUGAGGGCCAGACUAAACUGCCACUCUAACGCCACAGUACAUCCAGAUCUGGGAGCUGAACCCACAAAUAUCAAUACCAAAAAAUUUUUGAAAUCAUUGAUCCAUUAUAUGGGUGCCUGGCGCAUGCCUCUGUACCAUGUCAUGAUUGAACUGAAAGCCAUGCAAAAUGUCCCAGAAAGUAUACUUUCAAAAGUCAACACUAUUGAAGAGAACAACAGAGAACUCCUGGAUGACCUUAGGUGGAUACUCACCAAGGUAUUUCCUACCGCAAAGAUAAAGGAAAAAGAUCCUGUCUGGGAGUUUCUUUCAUUCCUAAAAUCAAAUGACAAACAGAAUAAAUGUUUGGCAAUGUUUAACCUUUCCUACUGCCUACGCACAGAUAUAUCACACACUGUACGUCAUCUGAGAACAUUGAAGUGUCGAAUAACUGGGAAAGACUGCUAAGUGCUCAUCUACCCUGUCUGCUUUGGAGAUGGUCCAUAACAGUCCAUUACCAAGAAGUUUCUUUUAAUGUUAUACCUUGUGAAUGUAUGUGUGUGGAUAACAGGCCACUUUUUGAAAAAUAAAAACAUUCUUA